CAUCAUCUACUACUUAAUCUACAUUGACAAGGCUUUUAGUUUGUGUGUUCUUUAAGCAAAGAGACCACAAGAAACCAGUUUGUGUAGACCACAAAGCAUCACACUGAUAUCUCGGAUGUUUUGGCACCUUUUCACAUCCGUGCCCCUGAAGUGAAGCCAAAACUGGGAAAGCUGAGAGAAUGGAGAGGAAGAUGUGAACAUCCGAGCCAGCUCGCAUUAAUGCAGCUGCUGGUAGAUUAGCCUAGUCAGCAAGACACCCGGUGGGCCUGCUGAAUGAAAAGUAGCUGUCUAUCUGAUUGCCUGUCAUGUCUGUGUCUCUUCUUGGCUCCAGGAAGCGCACACUCUCGCCAGGACCAUGAGCGAUGAGCCACCUCUGCUGACCACCCUCACGGAGAACGCCACCGAUGUGCCACUGGCAUCAGCCAGGCCAGAUAACUAUGUGCUGCUGUUGGUGAUGCUGUGUGUUUUUGCUGGAGGAACGCUGGUUCUGCUCUCUGCUCUCCUCAUCUUCUGCCAUCGCUGCUGUCAGAGUGGACGGCGUUACUCGAGGGCAAGCGAUGACUUGGAGAAAACCAACACCACGUAUGUGGAAGAGAGUCAACCUACUCAAGACAUCAUCAUCAGGAUGGAAAGCACGGAUACACUGUCCACCUCCAGCUGUCACGGCGACGAGAACACAGAACGCUUCCAGUCGUCUGUGUAUACGGGCCGACGGGUCUCCUUCAACGAGACGGCUACCUACGAGCAGAGCAAGAAGAACCAGGAGAAAGGCCGAAGGUAUACUCUUACAGAAGGUGAUUUUCACCACUUGAAGAAGGCUCGUUUGACCCAUUUGCACAUUGCACCUCCAGCACUGAACAUCCUGACCAUCAUGGAGUGUGAUUCACCUGAGAACAGCAUCAGCCUGCGAGAGCAGCUGCAGCACAAACCGUCUCUAUCUAUUUUUCAGCUUGGUGAGGGCACCCUGCCUGAAUCUCAAGUGCCCUGGAAUAGCCAGAGUCCAAGCUGUGCUCUGCCUGGAGAUACACUAAACUCUGUUCUGGAUACCAACUAUAUUUCCAACACAAAUGAAGGAAGCUUUGAACCACCUCGAUCAAGGACAAUUGAAGCAAUUGGAAGUGCUGCUUUAAAGAUGGAGAGCAACCCAGGAUCCUCCCAAAUGGCAGGAGCCUGUGGAACAUCUGGAGGAGGAGGAGGAGGAGGAGGAGGAGGCAGCUCAUCUUCAGGGCAGGGCACCAUGCUGCACUUCCUGUCCCGACUCAGGCGACAUGCGAGUCUGGAGGGAGCCAGCAACUAUUUCACCAUCAAAAAGUGGAAGUUAGACAGCAGUAACAGAGCAGCCAGCUUGGACCUGAGAGGUUCUCCACGGAGGCGAGCAUUUCAAAGACAGAGAGCAGCAAGCGAGACUCUGGAACAGGGUGAGGUGGACAUCCAACAGCCAGGAGCAGGUGGAGGAAGUGAUUUUGUGUUACAUGUCAAACCCCCUCAGCCACAAGGUGACCCCCCACGACGACUCUCUGCUGGCUCUUUAGAGUCAUCAUCUACUGGCUGUCCACCCCCACCGGCCCCGUUCAGGAGGUUAGAGAUGAAGGCUGUGUUGGAAGUAAGUCCAAGGGCUGAAGAGUGCAAGACUGAAACAGAAUGCAAAAUACCAGAAUCUCUUGGCCCUCAAGGGGAGGAAGAAGUAGAGGAGGAUGGAGAUAAUGGGGAGAUCAUUCUAGGAGCAACAGGAGGAGAAGGGACUAGAACAGGCGGUGCCACUGGAUUUGGUUUCGUGAACAGACAGGAAAGCCUGGAGCAGCCCAACAUGUACCAGGACAUCUGGAGCCUACGAGCAUCACUAGAGCAGUAUGCUUCUUCUGACCUGAGCAGCAAUGACAGAGACUCCACACGCAGUGAUGCUGAUAGUGUUUGUUCACUAGGGGCCCUUGGUGCCUCCAGAACAGGCAUGCUUAUUUACCAAUCGCAAGACAUAGAUGACGAGGUUGAUGGGGACGGUGACCUUCCAUAUGAUGAUGUCAGAGAAGUUAGCGGAAGAAGGAAUGGCAGGGACAGUGUGGACUCAGAGAGAGGCAGCGACAAUGAGGCUGGAAGUAGGAAGCUUCUGCAAAUGGACAGUGGCUAUGCUUCCAUUGAAGCCCCAUGCAAAGCUCCAGAGGAACUUCGGCUGUUUGGAAGCACUUCUGGCAAGACAGCGUCAGAACGCCGCCGGUUCUUUACAAAUGCUGGCCGCAAGGAGACAGUGUGUGAAAGUUUCGAGACUCGACUAUUCAAGGAGGAGCUUGAAGAUGAAGCUUCAGAAAGCAGCAUGAGCAUAGAAUCAGAGGGUCCUCGUACCACACCACAGAGGGAGCCGAAUGUCUCACUUAGAGAAACACCAGUAAUGGCGGCAGAAUCCAAACCCAGGCCUCGUUUUCGUCGCAGAGACUACAGCAUCGACGAAAAGACAGAAGCCCUGUUUAAUGAAUUCUUACGGCACGAUCCACAGUUUGACCAGCAGGGUUCACCUUCUCUACGGCACAGACAUCGUUCUCGUAUUCACCUGCGCAAGCAAUGGCAACGCACCAAGCAGUAUAGUGACCCCGGAGCUGCUCGCUACUCACCAUCCCUGGAGAGACAACGCAGUUAUGCACUGCGGAGAGGAGACAGUGCCAACUAUCCAUUGGAUACACGGUACCACAGCACCCUACCGCGUAUUGCUAGUGCUGCAGAUGAGGAGGCCAGUGAGGGAGCAGCCAGUGAAGGCACUGAAUCACCCAAAGCACAGGGCACUGGUCCAACUCAUGAAGACAACUCCAACAGCAGUAACAACAGCAGUCCUGUGGUAAAGUUACAGGAGGACCAUCCCACCCUGCUGUUUUCCACACCCUACUUUACAGAGACACAAAGGUGGUCAGUCACAGACCCCAGUGAUAUAGAAACAGCUAACAGCCAGUGGAACCCGGGCAUUCACAUUCCAGAGAACAGAUAUCAGCAUAAGGACCCUAUGGACAAAAGCUACACGCGUAGUGUAGUGGAACCCAUUCCAGGCGAUAAACUGGUGAGCAGUCUAGAUGAACGACUAUAUUCCAGCCUGAGGAGGACUCAAGGCAGCCAGGAAUGCAUGGUGACUAUGAAGCACACGUCCCCAGAUCUGAGCCAGGACUAAGAGUACAGGAGAGAGGAAUAAUAUGAAUUUGUGAUCUUAAGGCUAACCCAAUUACAAACUACCAUAACCUCAACCAUUUUUUUUGGAUAAAUAAUGCAUGUCUGUUCCUUAAUAAUGCAGGGAUAAGUGGGUAUGGUGCAAUCUCAAACUAGGAACAUCUGAAAAUGUCUGAAAAUGUAGUAAAAUCCAUAUGCAGACAAUUAUGAUUAAAAAAAAAAAAAGAUGGCUAGUUUUUUCCUGAACAGGUCAACGUUAACACCACUUACACACAGCACUGUGAAACUAGGUAAAAUAGGGUGUUUUUUUGAAACAGACAAUUACAGGGCAAUUCAGAGUAAUAAUCACUCACAAGUGUCUAAUGCACUUUUGUUAAUUACAAAUUACAGUAUGAUAAAAUGUCCAGCGGUUUUCUCUCAAUGAAAAACAUCAGACAGGAUUACUUUUUCCAAAGGAAGUCAGCAGUUCUUGAUAAGUUAAUUAUGAUCAUGUUACUCUCAAAUAUGUUUUUGUUUUUUUUUUCAAUCCAAUGCUAUUCUGGAAUUAUAACCAUAAUCGAAAUCCUAGCACUCCAUUCUUUUCAAUCACAGCUUUCAUGUAUUGCUGAUUCAUAAUCCUCUUUCCUCAUUCAUGUCUGAGAUUAAAGCAUUUCAUCCACAAAUUAUUUCCCCCAUUUGAAGAG